AAUUAAAUAAAAUUUUUGUACAUAUCGACGUCCACAAGUAAUUAGAAUAUUAUGAGAACUAAGACAUUUAGUUAAAAAGCAAAAAAUAAAAACAAAUAUGAUUCACGACGCGCUUUUAAUCCUUUGGGAUUGCUCACAUACGACCGAAGGGCAGAAAGAACUUGUCACAUACGCCAACCAUGGAGAUCAAGAAAUAUUUGCCAGGAUAACAGACAUAGCUAAGAGCCACCAUAAAAUUCAAUGUUUUGUUGAAGCUACAGGAUUCUACUCCAGGAAGUCUCAUAUAGGUCUCAGGCUUUGUGGUCUAUACUCUCAGGCUCUGAGUGAGGGUUUCACAGAAGUUCUACAGUCAUACAAAAAAAAUUUAAUGGAAGUGGAAGGCCUAGUGAUUGGGAAUCAUAAUUACACUUUAUCAUUUGUAUACAGCUAUGUAGAGAAGUACAGAGGAUUGUUUAACACUUUGAAUAAGAUUAUAACUACAAUCGAACAUCGGAAACUGAUUGGCUGUCAGAUAUUGAGCUUACUUCAUCAGUAUAUUCUGAAUGGCAGUGAAAAAGUACGAGAGGCUAUUCUGAGAAUAUUCUCCUGUGUGAAUAAAGUGUUUGUGAAUCAGCUAUGCACGUGGCUCCUGUAUGGAGAACUAAAGGAUCCAUACCAUGAGUUCUUUAUACUGAACAAUCAGGCCCAAGAUGCCUCGGACACAUUUUUAUCUUCUCCAUCCACUACUAACACUUGUGAUAAGUCUCUUGUGUCUACUCUCCAAGACACAACUUUAGAAUGUGGAUAUGCUCUUAACACCAGUAUGAUACCAUACUUUGUGCCUCUUUCCCUUGCACAGGAGAUUUUGUUCAUUGGCAAGACUAUAAUAUUAUUUGGUUUUGACCCUAAGAAAGUGAAAAAGAAUAGCUCUUUUAUUGCUAGUAGGACUUUGUUGCCUUUGCAGAAUUGUGGAGUGGAAUCUAGAAGAUUUACAAUUUGGGAAGACAAGGAAGCAGAAUUUCAUGAGAAGUUGCAAAAACUUAAAGAUCCUGAAGUGUUCGAAGUUUGUAACUUGAGAGGUGUUAUAAGAGAGAUAAAGGAAUGUGUAACUAAGCAUCUCUGGACUGUGGCAGUAGAGGAAGCGCAAUUAAUACACGAACUGAGACUUAUGAAAGAUUUCUACCUGCUUGGACGAGGUGAACUGUUCCUGGAGCUAUUGAGACUUACUGCCCAUAUGCUGGACAAGCCUACUGCUAGGACUUCUACUAGAGAUAUGAACCACGCGUUCCAGUUAGCAGCAAGAGCGGUAUUUCUCAGUAACAGUGCGGAUAUAGAGAAGUUCAGCUUCGAAUUGCCUUAUGUGAAGCCCAACGUCUCCGCCAACACGACCAUUGACGACGAUAGCGCCACUGUGGCAGAUGGCUGGUCCAGUAUUAUCCUGAAAUAUGACUUCAAGUGGCCUUUACACCUCUUGUUUACGCCAGAAGUGCUAGCUCGGUACAACGACAUGUUCCGUCUCUUGCUUCGAAUUAAGAAAACUCAACAUGAUCUCCAUGCCCUUUGGAAAACUUAUAAACAGUCGACAAGCUUCCAAAUGUGCCAGUUGCAUAACAAACUUAUGUUUCUAAUGGACAACCUACAACACUACAUGCAAGCAGACGUACUAGAAACUAACUUCGCCCGACUCAUGGACGCCGUGCACAAGACCAAUGACUUUGAGAAACUUAAGAAGGCCCACGCCAACUUCCUAGCUGAUGUUCUCAGUCAGUCAUUUCUUACUGUUACUUCUUCAGGUGACAGUGACAGUUCAGAUUUAGCGGAUGCCCUCAACAAUCCAGUGUUCUGCAAUAUCAUGGAACUGCUCAAACUGUGCCAUUCGUUCUGUGGGAUGAACGACACUGUCGAUGAUAAGGAGGCCGAGGAUUAUUACAUCAAGGGAUAUUCUGAUCGGUUCAGCAAGCUAGUUAAACAACUAAUGCAGUUGUUAGUUUCUCUCCGCGACCGGCCUUGUGGUGUGUACCUCGCAAGACUUCUAAUGAGAUUGGACUACAAUAGAUGGCUCAGUGGAGAAGCGCAGUUGACACAAUCUGUCACUAAUAUGCUGCGUUACUGAUAUUGGGACAUGGAGAAUAGAUCUGAAUAAAACCAGUAUU